CAUGGGCGGAGAAAGCAAGCUGCUGUCAGAAGUCUCUUCUCUUCUUUACUAUUUUUCCCUCCCUUCUGCUUUUGCAGGUUUUUUUAAUUUUUUAAAUGAAGUAUGGCUUGCAAAUACACUACUUCUUUGUCUUUUCGGAAUAACAUUGUUCGUAACUUCUGUUAUAGCCUAUUCUAUACUUCUUACCAAAAUCGCUAAAUGCAAUCUUCUGCCUCUCGGUUCUUCGGUUCUACGUAUACAGAAACGGUUCGGUUCCGGUUCUACGGUUCUGAUACGGAUCCCUAUGUG